AUGCCAACGGAAUUAGACCUAGAAUCUAAUUUAAAGUGUUUAGAAGAAGCCUGUAAUAAAAAUGUUAGACACUGUAAAAAAGCAGUAUCAAGGUUGAAGAGUGUAACAGUAGAAAGUAAGAAAAUAACGACCUACUUUGGAUACGAAAACAUACUGAGCCUGGUGGAACUAGAACAUAAAAUAGGUACAAAAAGAACAGGACUGUCGAACAGUUCGCUGUUUAAAAGUAAACUGAGAAAGAGCGCAUCAUUGAACAGCGAGGCGACCUGCACGUCGAGAAUAAGCAGCAUAGGAACUAGCAGGUCAGCACAGUCGAACUGUUGGUACCACAACGGAAGCAUCAACGGACUAUAUGGAGGUCAACCGGACAAACGCGAGUUGAGCAGACUGUUGUUUGUGUUUCUGGAAGUGUUCUCGAUAGAAGUGAAGAACAACGACGAGUUCAGAAGAAUCGUAAAGUCGACGCUGGAAGACCUGAAUAUAAUAAAGGAAGUCUCCGGAGAGUUGAAGGCGAAGCUGAGCAGGAAGCUGAAGGGACUGAACAGUCGAGUGAAGGAGAGAGUGAACGACUACCAAAGCCACCUGAAGAACGUGAAUAAAUACGACAAGAUACUGCAGCCGUCGAUAGCGAAGGUAAUAAGCACCAUCGCAAGAGACGACGCAGUGAGUGAAGUGAAUAUUAUAAAUUACAGCAACUAUGGUUCAGCCGAUAAUAUAGACGGAAGCAUGGGAAAGACAGUGUUGAGAAAUGUUGCCGAUGUUAGUGAAGCCAAUAACAAUGAUGAUGUUAGUGAAACUAAUAACAAUGAGGAUGUUAGUGAAGCCAAUAACAACGUUGAGAGUAGUGAAACUAAUGACCACGUUGAGAGUAGUGAAGAAGAAUAUAGAGAACUAAAUAUGGAUGAUGUAAAGUAUAAGUGUAAGUUGAUAUCACAGAUGCUGUUGGAGGAGUACAGAGACUACAAUAACUACAACGCAUACGUAGAGGCACUGAUGAGGUUCUGCGUGACGAGGAAUGAAAUGGAAAAUGAAUUUAGAGAAUACGAUGAGGAAAUAGAAGAAGUGGUAAAUGAGUUUAAAAAUAGUGAAAUUAAGAGUAGAAGUUAUAGAAUCAUUAACAGGUUAACGAAGUACUACGCUAGGAAGUACAAGUAUUACUGUAAUCUGCUGAAGAUGGUGACUAAUACCGAUAUUGACAACAAUAACAGCAGUACUAAGAACAGUAAUACCGAUAUUGACAACAAUAACAGCAGUACUAAGAACAGUAAUACCGAUAUUGACAACAAUAACAGCACUACUAAGAACAGUAAUACCGAUAUUGACAACAACAACAGCAAUAUCGGUGGAAAAAGUGUGACGAGAGGGGAGGAUAAUGAAAAUGAUGAGUAUGUGGAUGAGUUGUUUGAAUGUUAUUCAGUGCAAGAUGAAACGGAGAGUAAUAGAGAGUUGGUCUUGGCAAAAAUACUGGACAUGAGUAGUAACCUGAGAAAAUACUAUAAGAAUCACUACAGUAGUAUAAGUAAGAAGAAGGUAGCGACGGAUGGAAACAAGGCAAUAAAGUUGAAUGAAAAAGAAGAAGGGGAAAGAAAUUUAAACGUUAAUAAAAGAAUAAUAGACAUAGAUAAGCAGUACGAAGAAGAUAGAUUGGGAAUCAGCAUAUACGUUAAUGAGUAUAUAGAUUACGUUAAUAAAAUAAGGAAUUUAUAUACAGAUGUACAGAACGUAAUAGUAGAUAUGAUAAAAAAAGGUAGUCGCAAUAAGGAAAUGAGGAGUUCAAACGUAUCAAUAAACGGUAACUACAGUGAAAUAAGCAUGAGUGGAUUUGGAAUAGUUACUGCUAAGGGUAAUGUUGAAGGUAAUAAUAAGGGUAAUGUUAUGAGAACGAGUGAGUUUGGUACUGGGAGCACAGGUAGCAUUUACAAUACCAACAACACUGCUAAUGAUAAUGGCACUAUUACAAAUACGAGUAACCAUACUGCUACUGAUAAUGUUAAUAGCACUUAUAACACUGCUAAUGAUAAUGGCACUAUUACAAAUACGAGUAACCAUACUGCUACUGAUAAUGUUAAUAGCACUUAUAACACUGCUAAUGAUAAUGGCACUAUUACAAGUACGAGUAACAAAACUGCUACUGAUAAUGUUAAUAGCACUUAUAACACUGCUAAUGAUAUCAAUAACACUGACAGGACCAACAAAACAUACGAGACCAUCAACAGUGCAAAUAUUGACAGCAUAAGCAACAGUGCCAGUAUUAACAGCAUAAUCAGGACCAACACUUAUGAAAGCGGCACGUACGUUUGCCACUGCGUUGGCGCCACUCCUGUGGAGGAGUUCGACGAAAUAUAUGAAGUGGUGAGUAAGUAUCUGAGUCAAGUGAUAGAAAGAAUAGUGGAGACCUUCGAAGGGAUGUUGAAGGUGUUGAUAAGCGUGAGCACGCACGAAGAUAACUCCAGUAAGCAGUUGGACUUCAUAGUGAAGCACAACAGUCUGGUCAAGUGGAUGGGAAGGCACUACGACGACAAAAAUGGGAAGACGGCACUGUCGAUACUGAAAAACGAGUACAUCAUGUGUGUGAUACACGGGUUGUCGAUGAUGUAUAGAACGGGAAAGGGAACGAGUAACGACUAUAAGCACGUGUUGAUACUCUCAAAUAAGUACGUGUACACACAUAGACGUUGCGCACAUAAAGUUAAGGGAAAUGACCUGAAGUUGAGCAUAAAUAACUAUGUGGACUAUAAGUUGAAGCUGACGGGAGAAGUGCUGGUCAGAGUGAGGUGUAGUCUGAUAGAUAAGAUAUACCUUAACGGAACGAUGAUAGUGACAACCAAUGAAAUAGGGUUCCACUCGUAUUUUAAUAAGACGACACUGCUGGGAAGAGCAACGUACGUGACAAUAAGGAAGAAGGACAUAGUUAACAUAGUGGUCAACAAUAGUAGAAUAAGCACGAGCGCAGUGGAAGAGGGUGGAGAUGAGAAUGUGAGUAGCAAUAUGAGUGGUGGUAAUGGUAGUGGUAGUGGUAGCAAUAUGAGUGGUGGUAAUGGUAGUGGUAGUAAAAGUAAACUAAAUGAGAAAAUUGAGAAAAAAAAGAGUAAUAGAAAGGUGGAAAAUGUGAACAAGGAUAUAAUGGGAAAUAAUAAGUUGGUAAUAGAAACUGUGGAAGGAAACUACAGCUUUCACGUGAUGCAAUCACUGGACUCACUGCUGAGUAGUAUAGUGGUUAACGUGGAAAUAGGAAUCAGCGAUAGCGAAGUUGAAGCGAUAGGUGAAUUGGAAAUAAACAUGGAUGAAAAUACGCUGUUGAGUGACAACAACUAUAGUUUAACGCUCAGUGAAUUUUUUAACAUGGUCCUAAGCAGUAACACGAACGAUGAGGCGCUGAUAAGUAGGUCGAGGAAACAGCUGGGAGCGUACGACCUUAAGCCGAGUAAUCAGGGAGUGAGACUGUACCAAUACCCGUUUAACCUGAGUAUUGAGGUGGACAAUGGAGGAGUAGAAAGUGAUGCGAGAAGGAGUAACCUAAGCACGAGUAGAAGUGGCAGUAGUAGAAGUGGCAUUGGUACUGCUGGUAGUGGCAUUAGUACUACUGGUAGUGGUGUGGGUAGAAGUGGCAUUAGUACUACUGGUAUUGGCACGAGUAGAAGUGGCAUUGUUACUGCUUGUAGUGGUGUGGGUACUGCUGGUAGUGGUGUGGGUAGUGGUAGAAAUGGCGUUACAAACGGUAUUUUUACCAUUAACAGCACGGGGAACAGUGUUGGCAACAAUGGGAGUGCAAACAGUAGUAUUGGUGGUAAGAACAGCCGCGAUAAUAUUGGUAGCAUGAACAGUCGAGAUAGUAUUGGUAGCGUCAUUGUCGGUAGCGGCAAUAGUAUUGGUAGCAUUCCCAAGAAUUUUGGUAACAGUAGUGGUAUUAGUGGUAUUGGUAGCAGUGGUGCCAACACCGGUGGUAGUAGUGGUAGCAAAAGUACAUGGUUCAGAAGAACUGAUAAAACUGGCACUUUUAGCAACCAAACCAUGGAUGAAACGAGUAGUAUCAGCAGCAAUGGAACUGAAGGAAGUGACUGGUCAGGUGGAAGAACGAGUAUGAGGAGUAGGAAGAGUAAGAAGGAGGUGCAGGGAGUGGUGCUUAGAAAAAAACUGGAGUACUCAGUAAACAACAACACGAUGUUUAACACGAGAAUCAGCACGACGGAAAACGUGAGCUACUACUUCACGAAGGAUAAAAUCGUGUACCAGUCGCUCACAAACGUAAGAGACAUGCCGUACUCGAAGCACUUUUACACAGUGUUCACAAUAAUAGUCUCAAACACAUCCUCGGAGGAAGAAAACAGCUGCGCUGUUACGACGAACAGUGCAACUGGUAGAAGUAGCCUCGCUACGACGAAGGAAUCGGGUACUACGGGUAGCAAUGGUAGUACGAGUUUUGGUGGUAUUACUAACACUGGUAGCAGUAGUAGUAGCAGCAGUAGUAGUAGCAGCAGUAGUAGUAGCAGCAGUAGUAGCAGCAGUAGCAGCAGCAGUAGCAGUAGUAGUAGCAGCAGUAGUAGUAGCAGCAGUAGUAGUGGUAGUAGUGGUGGUGGAACUAAAAUCGAUGCCAGUGCUAUGACUAAGUCAGCUGCAGGAAUAUCAACAACGAGAACACCAUUGAUGUGCGAUAAGAAAAUAACAACCGGAACGUCAAAAUCAGUAAGAUCUGGAACCCUUAACGCAAGUGGUAUCGGUAGCACAUGCUCGAGAGUUGUGAGGAUGGGAAGGUCGAGCACGUUCAACAGGGAAGACAAAAUCAACGUAAAGAUAUACGGCAACGUAGUCUUCACGAAAAAAAUCAUGUUCGAAAGAGUUAUUAGGUCGGAGGCGAUGCAGAAGAUCAACCAGGCUGCAAACGUGAUACUGGAUGCAAUGAAGCAGGACCUGCUGAAUAACAACGUAAAGAAGGAGUCGGUGAGGUACAGCAACCACAAGUUCAUGAUAGCGCUCUUCUUCCUCAUCAUAAUCAUAUUCAAGCUCUUUUUCUGA